UAGGUCAUCUUGUGUGAUAUAUAUCGAGAGCGGCGCGCCUGCUUGCUGUACCCGCGAAAAUCCAAUAAAAAUGGAAGAAGAACAAGGAGGCGGAGGAGCCAUCUUCAAAGACAUAAGGCGUUAUUUCUGCGAAUACUGUGGAAUAUGCAGAUCUAAGAAGACUCUCAUCACCUCCCACAUCCUCGCUCAUCAUCCGGACGAGUUAAACAAUGAGGGGAAAGAAGAGGGAGUUUCAUCUUCGAAUACAUGUGAAAAAUGCGGUGUCUUCAAGAAGCCUGCUCAUUUGAAGCAACACUUGCAAAGCCAUUCACUUGAGAGGCCAUUUGUUUGUUCAGUUGAAGAUUGCCAUGCUAGCUACAGGAGGAAAGACCACUUGAAUCGCCACCUUCUUCAGCACCAAGGGAAACUUUUUAACUGUCCGAUUGAGAACUGCAAUAAAGAUUUUGCAUUUCAAGGCAAUAUGACAAGGCAUCUAAAAGAAUUUCAUGAUGAAGAGUCAUUUUCCUCUGACGCUGGAAGUGAGAAGCAAUAUGUCUGUCAAGAAGUAGGAUGUGGAAAGGUGUUCAAAUUUGCAUCAAAGUUGAAAAAGCAUGCUGAUUCUCAUGUUAAGCUGGACUCGGUGGAAGCCUUCUGUUCCGAACCAGGUUGUAUGAAGUAUUUCACUAAUGAGCAAUGUCUUAGGGAUCAUGUGCGAUCAUGCCAUGCAUAUAUUAACUGCCAGAUUUGCGGAGCAAAGCAUCUGAAGAAGAACAUCAAGAGGCACCUCCAAACACAUGAAUCGGAAGGGGUUGCCUCAGAGAGAAUUAAGUGUGAUUUUGAGGGUUGUCUUCACACAUUUUCAACUAAAUCAAAUCUCCGCCAGCAUGUCAAGGCCAUGCACAAAGAACUCAAGCCUUAUGCAUGUAGCUUUGGUUGUGGCAUGAAAUUUUCGUACAAGCAUGUUAGAGAUAAACAUGAGAAAUCAGGGUGCCACGUGUAUACUCCAGGAGACUUCUUGGAGUCUGACCAGCAAUUUCGAUUAAGACCGAGAGGUGGGCGGAAGAGAACGUGCCCCACCGUGGAAAUGCUUAUUCGGAAAAGAAUAACUCCACCGCAAAUGGAUAUGAUGGAUCUCGGGCAAACUCCUGGUUGUUCGUAACGGAUUUAUUGACUAACCUUGAGGAAGGAGUUCAACAACAUGCUAUGGAAACCGUAGCCGUAUUCAAUUUUUUUUCAGGAUCUUCGUUCUCUUC